AUGGCUGGUUCAAAGCGAAACAAAAUGAAAAAGGCAUUUUCUCCUCCACAAGCAAACCCGCCCCCACCAGUGGAUGAUGAUGAAGACCUCAUGAAUGAUCUCCUCGCAGAACUUGAUUCUCGCAGCGAGGUUGUUCAGGCCGAAUCUGCCUCCGUCAUAAAUGAAAUGCAGUGCAAUAAAGAAGCAGAGAUAUUGGAAAAAGGCUCUAAACAGACUGCAAAAAGUCGCUUUGAAGCACGCCAGGCACGAAAAGCUGCAGCUAUGUCACAAGGUUAUACUCCUGACGAUCCUGAAGCGGAUGCAAGACUUGAAAGGGCAGCUAAGGAGGAAGAGGUCCAGAUCAAACGUACUUGUGACGAGCUGGGAGUACAGAUCCAUGAGAUAAAUCCAGACGGACAUUGUCUUUUCUCGGCAAUUGCUGAUCAACUCUCCUUACUCAACAUAGUCCCUCCAAACGAAGCAAAUUUUGUUAUUGUUCGCCGGGCAGCAUCGGGCUAUAUAUACACUCAUCCCGAUGAUUUUCUUCCCUUUCUCCCUUGUGCUAGUGGUGAAGAUGGUAUUGGUGCCACAGACAAUACAGGGCUUAUGUCUCCGCAGGCAUUCGAGCAAUAUUGCCUAACAAUAAGAGAUACCGGAGCAUGGGGUGGUGAACCUGAGAUAUUGGCUCUUAGCAGGGCAUUUAAUGUCCCGAUACAUGUCAUUCAAGGAGGAAAGCCCCCUGUUGUGGUCCACAAUCCAAUGGAAGCAUCACCACAUAGAAGCCCUGUCCUCAUCAGCUACCAUAGGAGAAUGUACGGUCUUGGCGAGCAUUACAAUUCUCUUCGACCAAAAUCAGGACUGACCCAUGUUGCUGAUAAACUCCAUUCCAUGCUAGCCUGA